AUUGACGACGGGUUGGCAACGCACAUAAGGGGCCUUAAUACGAUACCAAUAUUGUAUUAUACCAUCUCCUCACAAGUAUAUCUUCCCAAUGGCUGCGGACGUAGCAAACCGGAAAAAAAAACAGAAGUUGUGAAAUGACAUCAAAUUCACGGAGUUAUGAUUUAAACACGGUAUUUUAGUCGUAUUUCUGUACUACUUUAAACUGAGCAUACAGUACAUCGUUGACAUGGCAGGAAAGCGGCGGAUACUACCGUCUUGGAUGGCGAGGAAGGAUGAGGACAGAGUGAAAGAUAAUGAGACACUGAAGAGGAUAACUUCAGGCAAGAGAACAAGGAGGAAACGAGUUGAAAGAGUGGCUUUCUACUGCAUGAAUGAAAAGGAGCUGGUGGAGGCAGCUGUCAGUUAUUUGAAUGAUUUUGGAGGUGGAGAAGAUGGAGCUAGUCAUGAUGACAAACAGGUGAAAAGUAGUGUGGUGGGCUGCUCUAUGAAUGCAAAAAACAACUGUGUCAGGGAGAAGAAGAGGAGGCUGUCUGAGUUGGACGUGGUGGCGGAGUCCUCAGACUCUGAUGCCCAGGAGAGGACGUAUGUCUCAGAAACGGACAUCGACAUAGCCGAGGAGGACACUCUACUGUACGCUCAAAACAACAACACUCACAAUAACAACACAGAGCAGGGACCUGAGGGUCAGAGUUCAGGACCAGGUCACGGUCACGACGAUGCUGAUGGUCAUGGGGAUUUGGCUCAGGGUGUUGAAGGAGCAGAGGACCGGUCACAGUCUCCCACAGCAGAUGAUGAUGCCCUCAGGCUUGUAAGGGAGAUAUUCUUCACCUGAUGAUAAACCACAGAACACUGAACUUUGAGAUGCUUUCCUUACAAACUGAGAUGGGGGGCUACACAGCGAGGUCAUGUAGACUAGAGUAUAUUAAAAAAUAGUCAAUGGGGGCAAAUGGGACCCAUAACAUUAAUGAUUUCCUUCUCAGCUAAUAGUGGGUUCUUGGUAUAUGUUAGUAAAUACAUCUCCAUUGAAAGCAUUUAUUAAUACAGGAUUAGGUUUCAUCUGUGAAGUGUUUAGGCACUAUGUCCUAGAAAAGGCCUUGGGCCUAAAAACUGGCUCACUAGGUGCAACUAAUGACGUGUACAAUAUUAGGCGCAACUGCGCAAGAUGGUUUCCCCUUUUAAGAACGACUGGGAUAUUCUAAAGGCACUUUUAUUGAUUUCAUUAAAAAAAAAAAAAAAGCUACAAUAUGUCACUUUUUUGGCGACUUGACCAAAUUCACAUAGAAAUUAGAGAAAUCUUGACCAUCAACAUACUCUUAUGGUAGGCUUAUGAUCAACAGGCAUGUCAUGCACUUCACAAUUUUAAAACAUUGUUGAUGAAUAAAUCAUGUACAUUUGAGACUUGUGAGCAAAAUUGGUGGUUUUAACUUAACCUACUUUACCUAAUAAUCAUUGUUAUCACACUAAUUUACUGGAACAUGACAGUUAGCCAAAAGGUAUGCAAUAUCUUUUUGAAUUACUUAGGCUAGUGGUUGAUUUAUUAAAAUGACUGUAGCAUUUUUGUUGUCAACAUUGCCGACCACAAUACAGUAGGACUAUAGUAGUAGUGGUCAAAGAGCAAAGUAUUUCUGUAUCAGAGUUCAUAUUGGAAACUUAAUUUGAUUUUAAAAUAUACAUCUAUGUUCAGAACAGAACACAAACAUGAAAACAGACUAAAUAAAAUUAUGAAUAGCAUGUUUUGAAAAACAUUAUAUAGACAUAGUCAUUUAAAAUGUACACCUUUUUGGUUGAUCAUGUUGAACACAUUGAAAAACUUUAAAUAAUCAAAUCA